AUGGAGGUCGCCGCCGCCCACGGGGCCGGCAGCGGAGGAGGAGGUGGUGGCAGCGGCGGCGGUGGCGGACCGGCCCCGUUCCUGCUGAAGACGUACGAGAUGGUGGACGACCCGUCGAGCGACGCGGUGGUGUCGUGGAGCGACGCCUCCGACGGGAGCUUCGUCGUCUGGAACGCGCCCGAGUUCGCGGCGCGGAUGCUACCCACCUACUUCAAGCACAACAACUUCUCCAGCUUCAUCCGCCAGCUCAACACAUACGGUUUUCGUAAAAUAGACCCAGAGCGCUGGGAAUUUGCUAAUGAGUACUUUGUCAAGGGACAGAAGCACCUGCUGAAGAAUAUCCACAGGCGAAAACCCAUCCACAGCCACAGCCAUCAACCAGGUGCCCUGCCUGACAAUGAGCGUGCUUUAUUUGAGGAUGAGAUUGACCGGCUUUCACGGGAGAAAGCUGCCCUCCAGGCUGACCUCUGGAAAUUCAAUCAGCAGCAGUCAGGGGCCGUGAGCCAGAUUGAAGAUCUUGAGCGGCGAGUGCUUGACAUGGAGCAACGACAGACGAAGAUGCUUAGCUUCUUGCAGCAGGCUCGGAAGAACCCUCAGUUUGUCAGCAAGCUCGUUAAGAUGGCAGAGGCAUCCCCAAUCUUCGCGGAUGCAUUUCACAAGAAGCGAAGGCUACCUGGGCUUGAAUACAUCACCGAGGCCACCGAAACUGCCACUAGCUUUUUUGAUGACUAUAGCAGCACUUCCAGGCAAGAAAUGGGCAACCUUCUGAAUCAGCACUUCUCUGACAAGCUGAAGCUUGGACUCUGUCCUGCAAUGACGGAAAGCAACCUCAUCACCCUGAGCACCCAAAGCUCACAUGAAGAUAACGGAAGCCCUCACGGAAAGCAUCCAGACUACGAGAGAACAGGCAUGGAGUGCCUUCCACUGGUGCCGCAGAUGAUGGAGCUCUCUGACACUGGGACAUCCAUCUGUCCCUCAAAGAGUGUGAGCUUCACAACAGCUGCAAAUGACGAUGGGUUCUUGCCAUGCCACCUCAACCUCAGUCUUGCAUCAUGCUCAAUGGAUGUGGACAGAAGCCAAAUCCCCGUUGCAAACGGGAACACUGUGGAUGAGAAGGACGGCCCAGCGGAGGUGACCACACCCACCUUGGAGAAGGACGGCGGCAUUCCUGACAGAUGCCAUGAUGAUACCCAGAACGAGGCUUCAGGUGAUGCUGGGGCCGCAGCAGAUGCAACGGGUAGGCAGCAUCGGGGCAGCCAAGCUCCCCCUGAAGAACAUGCAGCUCCCCAGGUGGUGGUGAACGACAAGUUCUGGGAGCAGUUCCUUACCGAGAGGCCGGGCUGCUCUGAAGCCGAGGAAGCAAGUUCCACCCUGAGGAGGGAUCCAGACCACACGCAGGCGUACGAGGGCACUACAAGUGACAGGAGAGAUAUGGGGCAGCUGAAACUCUGA